AUGGAGAAGUUGUGUCUUGCUCUAUAUUUUGCAGGAUGCAAGCUGCGCCACUACAUGCUUGCCUUUACCACGGUUGUGAUCGCUCAAUCCGACCCGGUCAAAUAUAUGCUCUCACGCCCUAUCUUACGGGGACGCAUAGGCAAGUGGAUAUUAGUCAUGUCCGAAUUCUCGUUGCAAUAUAUUCCGCAAAAAGCAGUAAAAGGACAAGCAAUAACAGACUUUCUCGCCCAUCACCCAUCUUCAGAGCUCACGGCGUUUCGCGAGUUGGAAUUCGCUGCUGUAACACUCGCUCCAUGGACCCUUUACUUUGAUGGAUCACGGACUGAUACCGCAGCCGGAGCCGGGAUAGCCAUAGAAAAUCCCGCCGGAGAUCACUUCUCCUACUCGUUCCAGCUCGAUUUCAAAUGCACCAUUAACCAGGCCGAAUACGAGGCGCUCAUCAUCGGACUGGAAAUUUUGUUGGAAUUAGGAGUCCGCGAAGUUCAAGUCUUUGGUGAUUCCCUGUUGGUCGUCAACCAGCUAGUGGAGAAGUUCAAGUGCUUAAGCUCGUCCAUUGAACCAUACCUGCGCAAGGCAUUUGUAGUAUUGGAUCAAUUCGACGACGUAUACAUCGAGCACAUUCCACGCGAGUUCAACUUCGCGGCCAACGAGCUCGCCCAGGUAGCGUCCGGCCUCAGCCUGCACGAUGGAGUGCACGAACGUUUGCUCAAAGUCGAGCGCCGUACCCUUCCCUCUUUCAUCGCCAGGGGGCAAUUUCAGGCCGACAACCCCGAGGUCGCGGCCUUAGACCCUAUCGACGAGGAUUGGCGACUACCAUUUAUCGUUUACCUCCAGAAUCCCAAUGACGCCUCUCACUCUAGGCAGAUCCGUUUCCUCGCCUUAAACUUUGUUUUACGCAAUGGCGAACUCCGUCGACGUGGGGAAGACGGCAACGACUUCCGCUGCGUGUAUGAGAAUGAAGCUAAAUGCCUCAUGCGCGAAGUACAUUGUGGGGUUUGCGGUUCGCACCAGGCAGGGCCAAAAAUGCGUUGGUUGAUCCGCCGCCAUGGGUACUACUGGCCGACCAUUUUAAAAGACUGCAUUGCCUUUGCCAAAGGUUGCCAAGACUGCCAGGCCUAUGGACUAGUGCAACACAUCUCCAACAUUCCGUUGCAGCCUAUCAUUAAACCUUGGCCGGGUCGCGGAUGGGCAAUAGAUUUCGUUGGCAUUAUUUAUCCCCAUUCUUUUGAGCAGUAUAAGUUCAUUAUCGUCGCCACUGAUUUCUUUACCAAAUGGGUCGAGGCCGAACCGCUCAAGGUUGCCUCCGCCAACUCGGUCCGCAAUUUCAUUUCCCGCUUUGGUAUUCCGGAGUGCAUCGUUACGGACGGUCGGGGCAAGUGGUCCGCUCGCUGGGAAGGCCCUUUUAUUAUUCAUCGUAUACUCCCCAAGGGGGCAUACCACCUGUGCGACCUAGACAGUACCAUUCAUCGCAAUCCUAUUAAUGGCCGCUUUUUCAAGCGCCACAUUGUUGGAGUUUGGGAACGCGAGGAUCCUCCACCUCCUCCAGAACCCGUCACCACAGUCAAUAGUGUUACGCGCCAUCGCAUUCUCGCUUCGCCGCCUAGCACUAAGGGGCAACCCGGGAUAAAAAAUGAAAGAAUACGUUGUAACGUAUCAGCCUAA